CGCCUCCUCGCUCCGCCAGUCUGCGCGACCCAGGUGCCGGCGGGCAGGAGGCGCCCGAGGAUGUGCCGCUGGCCGCUGCUCCUGUUGUGGGGGCUGCUCCCCGGCGCGGCGGCGGCGGCGGCGGCGGGGGGCUCGGGCCGAGCCCUCCCGCACCGCACCCUCCUCGACUCCGAGGGCAAGUACUGGCUGAGCUGGGGCCCGCGGGGCGGCGGGCUCGCCUUCCGCCUCGAGGUGCGCACCGCCGGCUACGUGGGCUUCGGCUUCUCGCCCACCGGGGCCAUGGCCUCGGCGGACAUCGUCGUGGGCGGAGUGGCCCACGGGCGGCCCUACCUGCAGGAUUAUUUUACAAAUGCAAAUAGAGAAUUAAAAAAAGAUGCUCAGCAAGAUUACCACCUGGAAUAUGCCAUGGAAAAUAGUACACACACAAUAAUUGAAUUUACCAGAGAACUGCAUACAUGUGACAUAAAUGACAAGAGUAUAACGGAGAGCACAGUGAGAGUGAUCUGGGCUUACCACCAUGAAGAUGUGGGAGAAGCCGGCCCCAAGUACCACGACUCCAAUCGUGGCACCAAGAGUCUGCGGCUGUUGAAUCCUGAGAAAACCAGCGUGUUGUCUACAGCCAUACCAUACUUUGACCUUGUUAAUCAGGACGUCCCCAUCCCAAACAAAGGUACGACCUACUGGUGCCAAAUGUUUAAAAUUCCUGUGUUCCAGGAAAAGCAUCAUGUAAUAAAGGUGGAGCCAGUGAUACAGAGAGGCCAUGAGAGUCUGGUCCACCACAUCCUGCUCUAUCAGUGCAGUAGCAGCUUCAAUGACAGCGUUCUGGACUAUGGCCAUGAGUGCUACCAUCCUAACAUGCCUGAUGCGUUCCUCACCUGCGAGACUGUGAUUUUUGCCUGGGCCAUUGGUGGAGAGGGUUUUUCCUACCCACCUCAUGUUGGAUUGUCCCUUGGCACACCGUUAGAUCCUCGUUAUGUGCUCCUGGAAGUCCAUUAUGACAAUCCGACAUAUAAGGAGGGCUUAAUAGAUAAUUCUGGACUGAGGUUGUUUCAUACAACAGAUAUAAGGAAAUACGAUGCUGGGGUGAUUGAGGCUGGCCUCUGGGUAAGCCUCUUCCAUACCAUCCCUCCAGGGAUGCCUGAAUUUCGGUCUGAGGGUCACUGCACUCUGGAAUGCCUAGAAGAGGCUCUGGAAGCUGAAAAGCCAAGUGGAAUCCAUGUGUUUGCUGUGCUUCUUCAUGCUCACCUGGCGGGCAGGGGCAUCAGGCUCCGUCAUUUUCGCAAAGGGGAGGAAUUGAGAUUACUGGCUUAUGAUGAUGAUUUUGACUUCAAUUUUCAGGAGUUUCAGUAUCUAAAGGAAGAACAAACAAUCUUACCAGGAGAUAAUCUCAUUACUGAGUGCCGUUACAACACAAAAGAUAGAGCCCGGAUGACUUGGGGAGGAUUAAGCACCAGGAAUGAAAUGUGUCUUUCAUACCUUCUUUAUUACCCAAGAAUUAAUCUUACUCGAUGUGCAAGUAUUCCUGACAUUAUGGAACAACUUCAGUUCAUUGGCGUUAAGGAGAUCUAUAGGCCAGUCACGACCUGGCCUUUCAUUAUCAAAAGCCCCAAGCAGUAUAAAAACCUCUCUUUCAUGGACGCAAUGAAUAAAUUUAAAUGGGCUAAAAAGGAAGGUCUCUCCUUCAACAAGCUUGUCCUUAGCUUGCCGGUGAAUGUGAGAUGCUCCAAGACGGACAACGCGGAGUGGUCGAUUCAAGGGAUGACAGCAUUACCUCCACACGUGGAAAGACCAUAUAAAGCAGAGCCCUUGGUGUGUGGAACCUCUUCUUCCUCUUCUCCGCCCAGAAACCACCCUCUUGAGCUGCUCGUGUGUUUCAUGGUACUCUGCAGUCUGUUGCACAGCACACACUUGUGGUCAUAAUUCUGUGCUGGGGGACAGUGUUUUCUGUGAUCCGAACGUGUCAGGUCAAAGACACUUUGGACAUGAAGAGCAGAGUGUGAGGAGUGUGGAGACCUUCCCGUCACACACGCCCUUCCUCCCUACACCAUCCUUCCCCGUCUACCCGAGAGAUGCCGAUUGGGUUCUCUUUCUUUUGCUCAGAUACGUCUGAUAAAAUGUAUCCAUUGCCAAUAAAGCAAAACUGGACUGACUUAACACCACCUCUUUAAAAAUUCGGACAAAGUUAAGUGGAAGUGAAAGAGUGUCUGAUUUCCUUCCAUAUUUCAUUUUAUGUAAACACUCAUCAUCGCCAUUUCACUUUUUACUUCAUCAUUUGGCUUCUAUAUUCCUUUCUCAGAAGACUUCCAUCUUAACAGCGUAAAAGGAAGCACUCUCUCUUCCCAUGUUCCUUCCUCUUUCUUGUUCUUUGGGUGUGACUUCCCCAGGGCAACAAUGGUUCUUUCUGUGUUUCAUUGUCAAUCCAGCUCUGUCUUCCUCUGGGAAAAACCAAUGGGCCCCUUACCUCUGUGCUUUUUGAAGAUGCCCAUUCUAGUUUCUUGGUUUAUCUGAGUCUCUUGGUACCCCCAAAUGACCCCAAACCCAUCUCAAAGCAUUUCUUUAUCCUUCCCUGCUCUGCACUGGACAGGUGAGUUUAUCUUGAGCUCUAUCACUCUCUAAAAAGAAAGAAGCUAUAAGAAACACGGAAAUGGUAUAUGGUGGACUGUAGGCUGAGGAGAAAAUGUAGCUGGCUGCAAACCCCAUGCUGUGAGGGGUCCUUUAUGAGGUGUCAGGUCAAAGGGGGAUAGUCUGAGCCAACCUAGGAGGGCAUGAGGUCCCUGCAGUACCUCCCUGACCACGUUGGGUGUCACACGUGCCGCAUCCUGGCUCAAUUUGAGUCGCAGUUGCUGUUGUAGGUUUAUUUUUUAUAUUAGUUAAUGAACUAACUUUCCUUAGUAGAAUGUGUCACCAGUGGAAGAUCUUGUCUCCUUUUAGGUUCCCUUGGUAUAGUUCAGCCAAAUCUUGUUGUGUGUCCUUUCCUCAUUUCUUAAGCAGUCUUUUGGGAUCGUAUGAAUAAACUCAAUAAAAUUAAGUUUUUGUGUGGUAUCUUGUACGCUCCUUGAGAGAACCAAGAGAUUCAGUACUGAUGUUUCCAGCCAAAUUGAUUGAAAAUGUUGCAUUUUGUAUUCCAUUCUUUUAAGCCCUUUCUCUCCUGCAAACAAUAUCGUCUUUUGAAUAAAUACCGUAUUUUAGAGUG